AAUCUAAAAAUAUUUAAAAUAGAUUUCCUUUCCCCGCCAUCCAUGCCAGCUGUAUUCUAUUCCAACGAGGAUUAUAUUUUUUCCCCUCUUGCAUCUGCUACUGAAUAUGGGACUGAGCCCAGGAGAAUGGUAAGGAGGAAGAACAUGCAGAUUCCCCCUCCCGAGUGUCGCUGAUCCAAUGAGAUAGAGAUCACUAGAAGGUGAACCCAGAAGAAUGUCUGUGAAGACGGAAGCGCAGGGCAGCCGCAAGAGGAAAAGAAGCUCAGACGCUCGGGAAAAGUAUCCGGCAAAGCGCAGAGCGAGCUGGGGUAUUCUCACUAACCAAGGUUCCUGGGCAGAUCGCUCACCACUGCAUGAAGCAGCUAGUCAAGGGCGUCUUCUUGCCCUGAAAACUUUGCUUUCACAGGGUUACAAUGUGAACACGCUCACCAUCGAUCACGUGACUCCACUGCACGAGGCUUGCCUGGGAGAUCAUGUGGGAUGUGCACGGACCCUUCUGGAAGCAGGAGCAAACGUGAAUGCUACAACAAUUGAUGGCGUGACUCCUUUAUUUAAUGCCUGUUCAAGAGGCAGCGCUAGUUGUGCGGAACUACUUUUGGAAUACGGUGCGAAAGCUCAAUUGGAAUCAUGCCUUCCAUCACCAAUUCACGAGGCUUCCAGUAAAGGUCAUUGUGAAUGCCUCGAUGUACUGAUUUCUAGGGGUAUUGAUGUUGACCAAGACAUUCCCCAUUUAGGAACAGCUCUUUAUGUUGCGUGCAAAGGCCAGCAGAUUACAUGUGUGAGAAAGCUCUUGCACGCAGGUGCUAAUGUUCAGCGAGGCAGACAUUUAGACACCCCUUUACACGCUGCCGCUCAGCAGUCCAGUACAGACAUUGUGAAUCUUUUGUUGGAAUUUGGUGCUGAUGUUAAUGCCAAAAAUAUAGACUUCAAACGGCCAGUGGAUGUGGCUGCUGCCAGAAGUUCAGUGGAAAGCCACUUGCUUUUAUAUGAAGCCACGCCAUGCUCACUGUGCCAGCUCUGCAGAUUAUGCAUCCGAAACUGCAUAGGAAGAUCCAGAUUUCAUCUUAUACCACAACUUCAGCUUCCGACCAUGCUCAUAGAUUUUUUACAAUACAGAGAGACUAUAAAAAACUUUUAGUGAUCCAAAUUGCUUAUUUAUGGUCACUGCUUUAUCAAAAAGUGAGGGCUCUAUGAAAAGAUGAACUCAAAUACUGAAAAGCUGCCCUGACAGUGUUCUUUAAUAUGAUUUUUUUUAAUUCUUUGGCUGUUUUUCAGAUUGGUAGACAUAUUAUGAAUUGUCAUUAGUG